UGGGAAGAGUGGGCGGUGACAAGACUGUCUGGAGGAGGUGGAGGAGGCUGAGGAAAAAGAGAGACCAUAGACUUCCUCCUCGGCCUAGAGCGCCCUUUAAAGUGUUGGGGGAGAGGAGGGCGGGCAGGGACCACCCUGAACUGGCCGCCGGCGGUAUCAUGGCGUCCCGGAACCCCCCUCCCCAAGACUAUGAAAGCGAUGACGAAUCUUACGAAGUGUUGGAUUUAACUGAGUAUGCAAGAAGACACCACUGGUGGAAUCGAGUAUUUGGCCACACUUCGGGACCCAUGGUAGAAAAAUACUCAGUAGCUACCCAGAUUGUAAUGGGUGGUGUGACUGGCUGGUGUGCAGGAUUUUUAUUCCAGAAAGUUGGAAAACUUGCAGCAACUGCAGUAGGCGGUGGCUUUCUUCUCCUGCAGGUUGCGAGUCACAGUGGCUAUGUUCAGAUCGACUGGAAGAGAGUUGAAAAAGAUGUAAACAAAGCAAAAAGACAAAUUAAGAAACGAGCAAAUAAAGCAGCACCCGAAAUCAACAAUGUGAUUGAAGAAGCAACAGAAUUUAUCAAGCAGAACAUCGUGAUAUCCAGUGGCUUUGUGGGAGGCUUUUUGCUAGGCCUUGCCUCUUAAGGACUCGAAGGCACUGUCUUAGUGUCUCCAGCAUUUGAGAAGAGAGCUGGUGGCAGUAGGACAAUCUCUCAAUGGCUCAUGCCCCCAGAGUCUCCAGGGUAACCAACGCCCAGCUGGACAAUUGCAAAUGCAGCAACUUAGCAUUCACCACCUGAAGCUUGACAAGCUAGUGUCUGCUGUAAGACAACCUAUAUGGUAUGUAAACAAUAGUAUUCUUGAGCAAACCAUGGCUUUUGACAUUUUUUAAUUUACAUUUGUUUAGAAACCAGCCUAUGAAUAUAAUCAUUGGCUAUUUGGAGACAGAAAAAAGCUGUUAUGUGUACUGUCCAAUUAAAUAUUACCUUGUCUUAUUUUAAAAGUUCUUUGUGCUUUACUGCAUAGUGCCAAUAGUGUAAAAAAGUCUUACAGCUUCAAUAUUAUGGCUGAAUUUUUAAGUAAUGUGUGUGCAAUAAACUGAAGAAUUGUAUUACCCCUUUGUGGGAGGCUUUAGAUUAAACGCUUCAGAUGUAUCAAUCA